CCACGUCACAGGCUCCGCCCACCGCGCGCCGCCCGGAGCCCGGCGCGGGGCUCUUGCGUCAUUUCCACCCCAGCGAUGGCGGCCCCGGGGGCGGCUGCGGCGGUGGCGGCCGCGACUUCGGGGGUCGCGGGGGAGGGCGAGCCCGGGCCCGGGGAGAAUGCGGCGGUUGAGGGGGCCGCCCCAUCCCCGGGCCGCAUCUCUCCGCCGACCCCGGCGCGCGGCGAGCCGGAAGUCACCGUGGAGAUCGGAGAGACCUACCUGUGCCGGCGGCCGGACAGCACCUGGCAUUCUGCUGAGGUGAUCCAGUCUCGAGUCAAUGACCAGGAGGGCCGAGAGGAAUUCUAUGUGCACUAUGUGGGCUUUAACCGGCGACUAGACGAAUGGGUAGACAAGAACCGGCUGGCACUGACCAAGACUGUGAAGGAUGCUGUGCAGAAGAACUCGGAGAAGUACCUGAGCGAGCUGGCUGAGCAGCCUGAGCGCAAGAUCACUCGCAACCAAAAGCGCAAGCAUGAUGAGAUCAACCAUGUGCAGAAGACCUAUGCAGAGAUGGACCCUACAACAGCGGCCUUGGAGAAAGAACACGAGGCGAUCACCAAGGUGAAGUAUGUGGACAAGAUCCACAUCGGGAACUACGAAAUCGAUGCCUGGUACUUCUCACCGUUCCCUGAGGACUAUGGGAAGCAGCCCAAGCUCUGGCUCUGCGAGUACUGCCUCAAGUACAUGAAGUACGAGAAGAGCUACCGCUUCCACCUGGGCCAGUGUCAGUGGCGACAGCCCCCAGGAAAGGAGAUCUACCGCAAGAGCAACAUCUCUGUGUACGAGGUGGAUGGCAAAGACCACAAGAUUUACUGUCAGAACCUGUGUCUUCUGGCCAAGCUUUUCCUGGACCACAAAACACUGUACUUCGACGUGGAGCCCUUUGUCUUUUAUAUCUUGACUGAGGUGGACAGGCAGGGGGCCCACAUUGUCGGCUACUUCUCAAAGGAGAAGGAGUCUCCAGACGGGAACAACGUGGCCUGCAUCCUGACCCUGCCUCCCUACCAGCGCCGCGGCUACGGGAAGUUCCUCAUUGCUUUUAGUUAUGAGCUCUCCAAGCUAGAGAGCACAGUAGGCUCCCCUGAGAAGCCACUGUCUGACCUGGGCAAGCUCAGCUACCGCAGCUACUGGUCUUGGGUCCUCCUGGAGAUUCUACGAGACUUCCGAGGCACACUGUCCAUCAAGGACCUUAGCCCCAAGGGCACUCUCCCAGCAUCUACUCCAAUCCCUCUCUACAGCCAGAUGACCAGCAUCACCCAGAAUGACAUCAUCAGCACCUUGCAGUCCCUCAACAUGGUCAAGUACUGGAAAGGCCAGCAUGUCAUCUGUGUCACACCCAAGCUAGUAGAGGAGCACCUCAAAAGUGCUCAGUAUAAGAAACCACCUAUAACAGGAUCAAGCCUGUCCUUGUUCUCACCUGGUGAAACCUGGCCUAGACCCAGAGGUCCAACCCUGCCUCUCAUGUCUCUUCUCCCCACAGUGGACUCUGUUUGCCUCAAGUGGGCACCUCCCAAGCACAAGCAAGUCAAACUUUCCAAGAAGUGAGUGGCCUGUGCCCCUGUUGCUGGACCCGUGCCUCCUUGCCCUCUCGCCUGUAAAUAUGUACAGCCUGUUUCAUCAUUUUUUUAAUAAACUAAGUUCUGCCGAUG